GCGCGCCCGCCUCCGCCGCGCUGCAGGGGGACCGCUGGGCUCUCGGCACCAGCAGCGCGGCCCCGGGGUGCCUCCGGCUCCUGGCUGUGGCCGCUGCAGGGGCAGCGACCUGAGCAGCAGCCACCUGAGCCCCCAGAACAUUCCGGGUGGCAGUGACUAGAGCACCCAGAGGAGCCGCAGCAGCAGUAGCAGCAGCGUGAGUGGCUGCGGUCGCGGGGCUCCGCCGGGCUCCGGAGACGGCCGGGCCAGGAGCGCGGAGCCAUGGCUGAUGCGGGCGAAGGCGAGGACGAGAUCCAGUUCCUGAGAACUGAUGAUGAGGUGGUUCUGCAGUGCACAGCGACCAUCCACAAAGAGCAGCAGAAGCUGUGCUUGGCAGCAGAAGGAUUUGGCAACAGACUUUGUUUUUUGGAGUCAACUUCCAAUUCCAAGAAUGUCCCCCCAGACCUGUCCAUAUGCACCUUUGUGCUGGAGCAGUCCCUGUCCGUACGGGCUCUGCAGGAAAUGCUGGCCAACACAGUGGAGAAGUCGGAAGGGCAGGUUGAUGUGGAAAAAUGGAAGUUCAUGAUGAAGACGGCUCAAGGUGGAGGCCACCGAACACUUCUCUAUGGACAUGCCAUAUUGCUACGCCAUUCAUACAGUGGUAUGUAUCUGUGCUGUCUCUCCACCUCCCGGUCUUCCACUGACAAACUGGCCUUUGAUGUUGGCCUUCAAGAGGAUACCACAGGGGAGGCUUGCUGGUGGACCAUACAUCCAGCCUCAAAGCAGAGAUCAGAAGGAGAAAAAGUGCGCGUUGGAGACGACCUCAUCUUGGUCAGUGUGUCCUCAGAAAGGUACUUGCACUUGUCGUAUGGUAACAGUAGCUGGCAUGUGGAUGCUGCCUUCCAGCAGACCCUCUGGAGCGUGGCCCCUAUCAGCUCCGGAAGUGAAGCGGCCCAAGGGUACCUCAUUGGCGGUGACGUUCUCCGGCUGCUCCACGGACACAUGGAUGAGUGUCUCACUGUCCCUUCAGGAGAACAUGGCGAGGAACAGCGGAGAACAGUUCAUUACGAAGGUGGUGCCGUAUCCGUUCAUGCACGCUCCCUCUGGAGGCUGGAGACCCUAAGAGUCGCGUGGAGCGGAAGUCACAUAAGAUGGGGCCAGCCAUUCCGACUCCGGCAUGUCACAACAGGAAAGUACUUAAGCCUCAUGGAAGACAAGAACCUUCUACUCAUGGACAAAGAAAAAGCUGAUGUAAAAUCAACAGCAUUUGCCUUCCGGUCUUCCAAGGAAAAAUUGGAUGUGGGGGUGAGAAAAGAAGUUGAUGGCAUGGGAACCUCAGAAAUCAAGUACGGAGACUCCAUUUGCUAUAUACAACAUGUAGAUACGGGCCUGUGGCUAACCUACCAAUCUGUGGAUGUGAAAUCAGCGCGUAUGGGGUCCAUACAGCGUAAGGCCAUCAUGCACCACGAGGGCCACAUGGAUGACGGCUUGAACCUCUCCAGAUCUCAGCAUGAAGAAUCCCGCACUGCCCGCGUUAUCCGGAGCACAGUGUUUCUCUUCAAUAGAUUCAUAAGGGGCCUGGAUGCUCUCAGCAAGAAAACAAAGCUGCCCAGCAUUGACUUGCCCAUCGAGUCUGUGAGCCUGAGUCUGCAGGACCUCAUCGGCUACUUCCAACCCCCAGACGAUCACCUGGAACACGAGGACAAGCAGAACAGGCUGCGGGCCCUGAAGAACAGGCAGAACCUCUUCCAGGAAGAGGGAAUGAUCAACUUGGUUCUGGAGUGCAUAGACCGCCUGCAUGUCUACAGCAGUGCAGCCCACUUUGCAGACGUUGCAGGGCGAGAAGCAGGGGAGUCUUGGAAAUCCAUUCUGAAUUCUCUGUAUGAGUUGCUGGCGGCUCUAAUUAGAGGAAAUCGUAAAAACUGUGCUCAGUUUUCUGGCUCCCUGGACUGGCUGAUCAGCAGACUGGAAAGACUGGAAGCAUCUUCUGGUAUCCUGGAGGUCCUCCACUGUGUGUUAGUGGAGAGCCCAGAAGCUCUGAAUAUCAUCAAAGAAGGACAUAUUAAAUCCAUUAUCUCACUUUUAGACAAGCAUGGGAGAAACCACAAGGUCCUUGAUGUGUUGUGCUCUCUCUGUGUUUGCCACGGAGUUGCUGUCCGCUCCAACCAGCAUCUCAUCUGUGACAAUCUCCUGCCAGGAAGAGAUCUCUUACUGCAGACCCGUCUGGUGAAUCACGUCAGCAGCAUGAGACCUAAUAUUUUCCUGGGUGUCAGUGAAGGAUCUGCCCAGUAUAAGAAAUGGUACUACGAGCUCAUGGUGGACCACACUGAACCCUUCGUGACUGCAGAAGCCACUCACCUGCGAGUGGGCUGGGCUUCCACAGAAGGGUAUUCCCCAUACCCCGGUGGGGGUGAAGAGUGGGGUGGCAAUGGUGUUGGUGAUGACCUCUUCUCUUACGGGUUCGAUGGCCUUCACCUCUGGUCAGGUUGUAUAGCCCGAACUGUGAGCUCACCCAACCAGCACCUGCUGAGAACUGACGAUGUCAUCAGUUGCUGUUUAGACCUAAGUGCCCCAAGCAUUUCGUUCCGCAUAAACGGGCAACCCGUGCAAGGAAUGUUUGAGAACUUCAAUACCGAUGGCCUGUUCUUUCCGGUUGUUAGUUUCUCUGCAGGAAUAAAGGUUCGCUUUUUGCUCGGGGGAAGACACGGAGAAUUCAAGUUCCUCCCUCCUCCUGGCUAUGCAGCUUGCUAUGAAGCUGUUCUUCCCAAAGAGAAAUUGAAAGUGGAACACAGCCGGGAAUAUAAGCAAGAGCGGACAUAUACAAGAGACCUGCUCGGGCCCACGGUGUCCCUGACCCAAGCUGCCUUCACGCCCGUUCCUGUGGAUACCACUCAGAUUGUGUUGCCUCCUCACCUGGAAAGGAUAAGAGAAAGGCUGGCAGAGAACAUCCACGAGCUCUGGGUGAUGAAUAAAAUUGAGCUUGGCUGGCAGUAUGGCCCGGUCAGAGAUGACAACAAGAGGCAGCACCCAUGUCUGGUGGAGUUCUGCAAGCUGCCGGAACAGGAACGCAACUACAAUUUGCAGAUGUCACUUGAAACUCUCAAGACGUUGCUGGCAUUAGGAUGUCACGUGGGCAUAGCAGAUGAACAUGCUGAAGAGAAGGUGAAGAAAAUGAAGCUGCCCAAGAACUACCAGCUGACCAGUGGAUACAAGCCUGCUCCAAUGGAUCUGAGCUUUAUAAAACUCACCCCGUCUCAGGAAGCAAUGGUGGACAAGUUGGCUGAAAACGCUCACAACGUGUGGGCCCGGGACCGAAUCCGGCAGGGCUGGACUUACGGCAUCCAGCAGGACGUGAAGAACAGAAGAAACCCUCGUCUUGUUCCCUAUACCCUUCUGGAUGACAGAACCAAGAAGUCCAACAAAGACAGUCUCCGAGAGGCAGUGCGCACCCUCCUGGGCUACGGCUACCACCUGGAAGCUCCUGAUCAGGACCAUGCAGCAAGAGCCGAGGUGUGCAGUGGCACUGGGGAGAGGUUCCGUAUCUUCAGGGCAGAGAAGACCUAUGCGGUGAAGGCCGGGCGCUGGUACUUUGAAUUUGAGACUGUCACUGCUGGAGACAUGCGGGUGGGCUGGAGCAGGCCAGGAUGCCAACCGGAUCUAGAACUAGGUUCUGAUGAACGUGCCUUUGCUUUUGACGGCUUUAAGGCCCAGCGGUGGCACCAGGGCAACGAACACUAUGGGCGCUCUUGGCAAGCAGGUGAUGUCGUGGGUUGCAUGGUUGACAUGAGCGAACACACCAUGAUGUUCACUCUGAACGGCGAGAUCCUGCUGGAUGACUCAGGCUCUGAGCUGGCGUUCAAGGACUUUGAUGUUGGUGACGGAUUCAUCCCUGUGUGCAGCCUCGGUGUGGCACAAGUAGGCAGGAUGAACUUUGGAAAGGACGUCAGCACCUUGAAGUAUUUUACCAUCUGUGGCUUACAAGAAGGCUAUGAGCCAUUUGCCGUUAAUACAAAUAGGGACAUCACCAUGUGGCUGAGCAAGCGGCUUCCUCAGUUCCUCCAGGUCCCAUCAAACCAUGAACACAUUGAGGUGACCAGAAUAGACGGCACCAUAGACAGUUCGCCAUGCCUGAAGGUCACUCAGAAGUCCUUUGGUUCUCAGAACAGCAAUACUGACAUCAUGUUUUACCGGCUGAGCAUGCCCAUUGAGUGUGCUGAGGUCUUCUCCAAGACGGGAGGGCUCCCUGGCGCUGGCCUGUAUGGGCCCAAGAAUGAUCUGGAAGACUACGAUGUGGACUCUGACUUUGAGGUUCUGAUGAAGACGGCUCAUGGCCAUCUGGUGCCUGACCGCAUCGACAAGGACAAAGAAACCCCCAAGCCAGAGUUUAAUAACCACAAGGAUUAUGCUCAGGAAAAGCCCUCACGCCUAAAGCAAAGAUUCUUACUUAGAAGGACAAAGCCAGAUUACAGCACAAGCCAUUCUGCGAGGCUCACUGAAGACGUCCUUGCUGACGACCGGGACGACUACGAGUACCUGAUGCAGACAUCCACAUACUAUUACUCGGUGAGGAUUUUUCCUGGACAAGAGCCUGCUAAUGUCUGGGUAGGCUGGAUCACAUCUGACUUCCACCAGUACGACACGGGCUUUGAUUUGGACAGAGUACGCACAGUGACUGUCACUCUAGGAGAUGAAAAAGGAAAAGUGCACGAGAGCAUCAAACGCAGCAACUGCUAUAUGGUGUGUGCAGGAGAGAGUAUGAGCCCCGGGCAAGGACGGAACAACAGCAGUGGGCUGGAGAUCGGCUGCGUGGUGGAUGCUGCCAGCGGGCUGCUCACGUUCAUUGCCAAUGGCAAGGAGCUAAGCACGUACUACCAGGUGGAGCCAAGCACAAAGUUAUUUCCUGCCGUUUUUGCACAAGCUACAAGUCCCAAUGUUUUCCAGUUUGAGUUGGGCAGAAUAAAGAAUGUGAUGCCUCUCUCAGCGGGAUUGUUUAAAAGUGAGCACAAAAACCCCGUGCCCCAGUGUCCUCCACGUCUGCACGUGCAGUUCCUGUCACACGUCCUGUGGAGCAGGAUGCCCAACCAGUUCCUGAAGGUGGAUGUCUCUCGAAUCAGUGAACGCCAAGGCUGGCUGGUUCAGUGUCUUGAUCCUCUGCAGUUCAUGUCCCUCCAUAUCCCAGAGGAAAACAGAUCCGUUGAUAUCUUAGAGCUGACAGAGCAGGAAGAGUUGUUGCAGUUUCACUAUCACACCCUCCGCCUCUACUCUGCGGUCUGUGCCCUUGGGAAUCAUCGGGUGGCGCAUGCGCUGUGCAGCCACGUGGACGAGCCUCAGCUGCUCUAUGCCAUUGAGAACAAGCACAUGCCCGGCUUGCUGCGCACUGGCUACUAUGACCUGCUGAUCGACAUCCACCUCAGCUCCUACGCCACCGCCAGGCUCAUGAUGAACAACGAGUUCAUCGUCCCCAUGACAGAGGAGACGAAGAGCAUCACCCUCUUCCCCGAUGAGAACAAGAAGCAUGGCCUCCCAGGCAUAGGCCUGAGUACCUCCCUCCGGCCUCGGAUGCAGUUUUCCUCCCCUAGUUUCGUGAGCAUUAGCAAUGAGUGUUAUCAGUACAGUCCCGAGUUUCCACUGGACAUCCUCAAGGCCAAGACCAUCCAGAUGCUCACGGAAGCGGUGAAGGAGGGCAGCCUCCAUGCGCGGGACCCUGUGGGUGGGACCACGGAGUUCCUCUUCGUGCCCCUCAUCAAGCUCUUCUAUACCUUGCUCAUCAUGGGUAUCUUUCACAACGAGGACUUGAAACACAUCCUGCAGCUGAUCGAGCCCAGUGUGUUCAAGGAAGCUGCCACUCCAGAAGACGGUGGAGCCCCAGAGAAGGAGAUCAGCGCAGACGACGCCAAGCAGGAAGGGAUGGGCGAAGAAGAAGCCAAAAGGCCCAAGGAAGGCUUGCUCCAGAUGAAACUCCCUGAGCCAGUUAAACUACAGAUGUGCCUCUUGCUUCAGUACCUCUGUGACUGCCAGGUUCGUCACCGGAUAGAAGCCAUCGUAGCCUUUUCGGAUGACUUUGUAGCUAAGCUCCAAGACAAUCAACGGUUCAGAUAUAAUGAAGUGAUGCAAGCCUUAAACAUGUCUGCUGCGCUCACCGCCAGGAAAACCAAGGAGUUCCGGUCACCCCCACAAGAGCAGAUUAACAUGCUUCUCAAUUUUAAGGAUGACAAAAGCGAAUGCCCCUGCCCUGAGGAAAUCCGAGACCAGCUCCUAGAUUUUCACGAGGAUCUGAUGACUCACUGUGGAAUUGAGCUGGAUGAAGAUGGAUCCCUGGAUGGAAGCAAUGACUUAACAAUCAGAGGACGUUUGCUGUCCCUUGUAGAAAAGGUGACCUACCUGAAGAAGAAGCAAGCUGAAAAACCUGUUGCCAGUGACUCCAGAAAGGCCUCCAGUCUCCAGCAACUCAUUUCUGAGACUAUGGUGCGGUGGGCUCAAGAGUCUGUCAUCGAGGACCCUGAGCUGGUGAGGGCCAUGUUCGUGCUGCUGCACAGACAGUAUGACGGCAUUGGGGGUCUGGUCCGAGCACUGCCAAAGACCUACACUAUCAACGGCGUCUCUGUGGAGGAUACCAUCAACCUGCUUGCAUCACUUGGUCAGAUCCGAUCUCUGCUGAGUGUGAGGAUGGGCAAAGAAGAAGAGAAGCUAAUGAUUCGUGGAUUAGGGGAUAUCAUGAAUAACAAAGUAUUUUACCAGCAUCCCAAUCUCAUGAGGGCCCUUGGGAUGCAUGAAACAGUGAUGGAAGUCAUGGUGAACGUCCUUGGAGGUGGGGAGUCCAAGGAAAUCACCUUCCCCAAGAUGGUGGCCAACUGUUGCCGUUUUCUCUGUUACUUUUGUCGUAUAAGUAGACAGAAUCAGAAAGCCAUGUUUGAUCAUCUCAGUUACUUACUGGAAAACAGCAGUGUUGGUCUUGCCUCGCCAGCCAUGAGAGGUUCAACUCCCUUAGACGUGGCAGCAGCCUCUGUGAUGGAUAACAAUGAACUUGCCCUCGCUCUACGUGAGCCAGAUCUGGAGAAGGUAGUUCGCUAUCUGGCUGGCUGUGGUCUGCAGAGCUGUCAAAUGCUGGUGUCGAAGGGUUACCCUGAUAUUGGGUGGAACCCAGUGGAAGGGGAGCGAUAUCUUGACUUUCUCAGAUUUGCUGUCUUCUGUAACGGGGAGAGUGUGGAAGAGAACGCAAAUGUUGUGGUGAGACUGCUCAUCCGGAGGCCAGAGUGCUUUGGUCCUGCCUUAAGAGGAGAAGGUGGCAACGGCCUCCUUGCGGCCAUGGAAGAAGCCAUAAAAAUAGCUGAGGAUCCUUCUAGAGAUGGCCCCUCUCCGACCAGUGGAUCCAGCAGAACCCUUGAUACAGAAGAGGAGGAAGAUGAUACCAUCCACAUGGGGAACGCGAUCAUGACCUUCUAUGCCGCUUUGAUCGACCUGCUUGGCCGCUGUGCUCCGGAAAUGCAUUUGAUUCAUGCUGGAAAGGGAGAAGCCAUCCGAAUCAGGUCUAUUUUGCGAUCCCUGAUUCCACUGGGAGACUUGGUGGGCGUAAUCAGCAUUGCAUUUCAGAUGCCAACAAUAGCCAAAGAUGGGAAGGUGGUGGAGCCUGACAUGUCCGCGGGGUUUUGCCCAGAUCACAAGGCAGCCAUGGUUUUGUUCCUUGACAGGGUCUAUGGAAUUGAGGUGCAAGAUUUCCUCCUCCAUCUCCUUGAGGUUGGCUUUCUGCCAGAUCUCCGAGCUGCUGCCUCUCUAGACACGGCUGCACUAAGCGCUACGGACAUGGCCUUGGCCCUCAAUCGGUACCUUUGCACAGCCGUCCUGCCUUUACUCACGAGAUGUGCUCCUCUGUUUGCUGGAACAGAGCACCACGCUUCCCUCAUCGACUCUCUGCUGCACACUGUAUAUAGACUCUCUAAGGGGUGCUCCCUCACCAAAGCUCAGCGGGACUCCAUAGAAGUGUGCCUGCUCUCUAUAUGUGGCCAACUACGACCUUCUAUGAUGCAACACCUACUCAGAAGGCUGGUGUUUGAUGUUCCCCAGUUGAAUGAGCAUGCAAAGAUGCCUCUUAAGCUGCUGACAAAUCACUAUGAAAGAUGCUGGAAAUAUUACUGCCUGCCUGGAGGGUGGGGCAACUUUGGUGCUGCCUCAGAAGAAGAACUUCACUUAUCAAGAAAAUUAUUUUGGGGCAUUUUUGAUGCUUUGUCUCAAAAGAAAUACGAACAAGAGCUUUUCAAACUGGCGCUGCCUUGCCUGAGUGCAGUCGCGGGAGCUUUGCCUCCAGACUACAUGGAGUCAAACUAUGUCAGUAUGAUGGAAAAGCAGUCAUCCAUGGAUUCUGAAGGGAACUUUAACCCACAACCUGUUGAUACCUCAAACAUUACGAUCCCUGAGAAGUUGGAAUACUUCAUUAACAAAUAUGCAGAACAUUCCCAUGAUAAAUGGUCCAUGGACAAGUUGGCGAAUGGAUGGAUAUAUGGAGAAAUAUAUUCAGACUCUUCGAAGAUCCAGCCACUAAUGAAGCCAUUUAAACUCUUGUCUGAAAAGGAAAAAGAAAUUUAUCGCUGGCCCAUCAAGGAAUCUUUAAAAACGAUGCUGGCUUGGGGUUGGAGAAUUGAGAGAACACGGGAGGGAGACAGUAUGGCUCUUUAUAACCGGACUCGGCGCAUUUCUCAGACAAGCCAGGUGUCUAUAGACGCUGCACAUGGGUAUAGUCCUCGUGCCAUCGACAUGAGCAACGUUACGCUAUCUCGGGACCUGCAUGCUAUGGCAGAAAUGAUGGCUGAAAACUACCACAACAUAUGGGCCAAGAAAAAGAAAAUGGAGCUGGAAUCCAAAGGAGGAGGAAACCACCCGCUGCUGGUGCCCUAUGACACACUGACAGCCAAAGAGAAAGCCAAGGACAGAGAGAAGGCCCAGGACAUCUUCAAGUUCCUACAGAUCAGUGGUUAUGCUGUAUCCAGAGGGUUCAAGGACCUGGAUCUGGACACCCCUUCCAUUGAGAAGCGCUUUGCCUAUAGUUUCUUGCAGCAGCUGAUCCGCUAUGUGGACGAGGCUCAUCAGUACAUCCUGGAGUUUGAUGGUGGCAGCAGAAGCAAAGGAGAACAUUUCCCGUACGAGCAAGAAAUCAAGUUCUUUGCCAAAGUUGUUCUUCCUUUAAUUGAUCAGUAUUUUAAAAACCAUCGCCUGUACUUCUUGUCGGCUGCAAGCCGGCCCCUCUGCACUGGAGGACAUGCAUCCAACAAAGAGAAGGAGAUGGUGACGAGCCUGUUCUGCAAACUUGGAGUUCUUGUCAGGCAUAGGAUUUCACUGUUUGGGAAUGAUGCUACUUCAAUUGUGAACUGUCUUCAUAUUUUGGGUCAGACUUUGGAUGCAAGGACUGUGAUGAAGACAGGCCUGGACAGCGUGAAAAGUGCUCUCAGGGCAUUUCUGGACAACGCAGCAGAGGACCUGGAAAAGACAAUGGAAAACCUCAAGCAAGGCCAGUUUACUCACACCAGGAGCCAGCCCAAAGGGGUGACGCAGAUCAUCAACUACACCACCGUGGCUCUGCUGCCCAUGCUCUCGUCCCUGUUUGAGCACAUCGGCCAGCAUCAGUUUGGAGAAGAUCUGAUAUUGGAGGAUGUGCAGGUGUCUUGUUACAGAAUUCUGACUAGCUUGUAUGCCCUGGGAACCAGCAAGAGCAUCUACGUGGAGAGGCAGCGGUCUGCACUCGGAGAAUGCCUGGCUGCCUUUGCUGGUGCCUUCCCUAUAGCCUUUUUAGAAACCCACCUGGACAAACAUAAUGCCUACUCCAUCUACAACACCAGGUCUUCGCGGGAAAGAGCAGCUCUCAGUUUACCAGCAAACGUGGAAGAUGUGUGCCCAAAUAUUCCAUCUCUGGAGAAGCUCAUGGCUGAGAUUAUAGAGCUGGCAGAGUCAGGCAUCCGCUACACCCAGAUGCCACACAUGAUGGAGGUUGUACUUCCCAUGCUGUGCAGCUACAUGUCACGGUGGUGGGAACACGGUCCUGAGAACCACCCAGAGAGGGCCGAGAUGUGCUGCACAGCCCUCAACUCAGAGCACAUGAACACACUGCUGGGCAACAUUCUCAAAAUCAUCUACAACAACCUGGGGAUCGAUGAAGGAGCCUGGAUGAAGCGCUUGGCCGUGUUUUCACAGCCUAUCAUCAACAAGGUCAAACCUCAACUCUUGAAAACUCAUUUCUUACCACUGAUGGAGAAGCUAAAGAAAAAGGCUGCCAUGGUAGUAUCUGAGGAAGACCACCUGAAAGCUGAGGCCAGAGGGGACAUGUCUGAGGCCGAGCUGCUCAUUCUAGAUGAGUUCACCACUCUGGCCAGGGAUCUCUAUGCCUUCUACCCACUCUUGAUCCGAUUUGUGGACUAUAACAGGGCAAAGUGGCUGAAGGAGCCCAACCCGGAAGCAGAGGAGCUAUUUCGCAUGGUGGCUGAAGUCUUCAUCUACUGGUCCAAAUCCCAUAAUUUCAAGAGAGAAGAGCAGAAUUUUGUGGUGCAGAAUGAAAUCAACAACAUGUCCUUCCUCAUCACUGACACAAAGUCCAAGAUGUCCAAGGCGGCCGUUUCUGAUCAAGAAAGGAAGAAGAUGAAACGCAAAGGGGACCGCUACUCUAUGCAGACGUCCCUGAUCGUGGCAGCUCUGAAGCGGUUGCUGCCUAUUGGGCUGAACAUCUGUGCCCCUGGGGACCAAGAGCUCAUUGCUCUGGCCAAAAAUCGAUUUAGCUUGAAAGACACUGAGGAGGAAGUACGGGAUGUAAUCCGCAGCAACAUACACUUACAAGGCAAGUUGGAAGAUCCUGCAAUCAGGUGGCAAAUGGCUCUAUAUAAAGACUUGCCAAACAGGACGGAAGACACCUCAGACCCAGAGAGGACAGUGGAACGCGUCCUGGAUAUAGCAAAUGUACUUUUCCACCUUGAGCAGAAAUCUAAGUAUACUGGCCGGCGAUAUUUCAACCUUGUGGAGCACCCUCAGAGAUCGAAGAAGGCUGUGUGGCACAAACUCCUCUCAAAGCAGAGAAAAAGAGCUGUUGUUGCCUGCUUCCGGAUGGCCCCAUUGUACAAUCUGCCAAGGCAUCGGGCUGUCAAUCUUUUUCUUCAGGGAUAUGAAAAAUCUUGGAUUGAAACAGAAGAGCAUUAUUUUGAGGAUAAAUUGAUUGAAGAUUUAGCGAAACCAGGGGCUGAACCUCCAGAAGAAGAUGAAGCCACGAAAAGAGUUGACCCUCUCCAUCAGCUCAUUCUCCUCUUCAGCCGCACGGCCUUAACGGAGAAAUGCAAACUGGAAGAAGAUUUCCUAUAUAUGGCAUAUGCAGAUAUUAUGGCCAAGAGUUGUCACGAUGAAGAAGAUGAUGAUGGUGAAGAAGAAGUGAAGAGCUUUGAAGUCACAGGAUCCCAACGCAGCAAGGAAAAGGAAAUGGAAAAGCAGAAACUUCUCUACCAGCAAGCCAGACUGCAUGGCCGUGGGGCAGCUGAGAUGGUUCUUCAGACCAUCAGUGCUAGCAAAGGUGAAACUGGACCAAUGGUGGCAGCUACUCUGAAACUGGGCAUUGCUAUUUUAAAUGGCGGGAACUCCACGGUACAGCAGAAGAUGCUGGAUUACCUGAAGGAGAAGAAGGAUGUGGGCUUCUUCCAGAGCUUGGCGGGUCUCAUGCAGUCCUGCAGUGUCCUCGACCUGAAUGCCUUUGAGAGGCAAAACAAAGCAGAAGGACUUGGCAUGGUGACUGAGGAAGGAUCAGGAGAGAAGGUGCUGCAGGAUGAUGAGUUCACCUGUGACCUCUUCCGGUUCCUACAGCUGCUCUGUGAGGGCCACAACUCAGAUUUUCAAAAUUACCUGAGAACUCAGACUGGUAACAACACAACCGUUAACAUCAUCAUCUCUACCGUGGACUACCUCCUCCGAGUUCAGGAAUCCAUUAGUGACUUCUAUUGGUACUACUCUGGGAAAGACGUCAUAGAUGAGCAGGGCCAGCGCAACUUCUCCAAAGCCAUCCAAGUGGCGAAGCAGGUGUUUAACACACUCACGGAGUACAUCCAGGGUCCUUGUACCGGAAACCAGCAGAGCUUGGCGCACAGCAGGCUAUGGGAUGCUGUUGUGGGCUUCCUUCAUGUGUUUGCCCACAUGCAGAUGAAGUUGUCUCAGGAUUCCAGCCAGAUUGAGCUCUUAAAAGAGCUGAUGGAUCUCCAGAAGGACAUGGUGGUCAUGCUGCUGUCCAUGCUAGAAGGUAACGUAGUGAACGGGACAAUAGGCAAGCAGAUGGUGGACAUGCUUGUGGAGUCAUCCAACAACGUGGAGAUGAUUCUCAAGUUCUUUGACAUGUUUUUGAAACUAAAGGACUUGACAUCCUCCGACACAUUUAAGGAGUAUGACCCUGAUGGCAAAGGGGUCAUUUCCAAGAGAGACUUCCACAAAGCCAUGGAGAGCCACAAGCACUACACCCAGUCCGAGACUGAGUUUCUGCUCUCCUGUGCAGAGACGGAUGAGAACGAAACACUGGACUAUGAAGAGUUUGUCAAGAGAUUCCACGAGCCCGCGAAGGACAUCGGCUUCAACGUCGCUGUUCUGCUGACCAACCUCUCAGAACACAUGCCCAAUGACACGAGGCUGCAGACCUUCUUGGAGUUGGCCGAGAGCGUCCUCAACUACUUCCAGCCUUUCCUAGGUCGCAUUGAGAUCAUGGGGAGCGCCAAGCGCAUUGAGAGGGUCUAUUUUGAGAUCAGCGAAUCCAGCCGAACUCAGUGGGAGAAGCCACAGGUCAAGGAGUCCAAAAGGCAGUUCAUAUUUGAUGUGGUCAAUGAGGGUGGGGAGAAGGAGAAGAUGGAGUUGUUUGUGAACUUCUGUGAGGACACCAUCUUUGAGAUGCAGCUGGCGGCCCAGAUUUCAGAGUCUGAUCUGAAUGAGAGGUUGGCCAAUAAAGAAGAGAGUGAGAAGGAGAGGCCUGAAGAGCAAGCCCCACGGGUGGGCUUCUUCUCUUUCCUCACCAUCCAGUCGGCCCUGUUGGCUCUGAGGUACAAUGUCCUCACCCUCGUUAGGAUGCUCAGCCUGAAGAGCCUGAAGAAGCAGAUGAAGAGGAUGAAGAAGAUGACCGUGAAGGACAUGCUCACAGCCUUCUUCUCCUCCUACUGGAGCGUGUUUGUGACCCUCUUACACUUCGUGGCCAGUGUCUGUAGGGGCUUUUUCCGCAUUGUCUCCAGCCUGCUGCUGGGGGGGAGCCUGGUGGAAGGUGCUAAGAAAAUCAAAGUGGCAGAGCUUCUAGCCAACAUGCCAGACCCCACUCAGGAUGAGGUGCGGGGAGAUGAGGAGGAGGGAGAGAGGAAGUCCUUAGAAUCAGCUCUGCCCUCUGAAGACCUGACAGACUUAAAGGAGCUGACAGAGGAAAGUGACCUUCUUUCAGACAUAUUUGGGUUGGAUCUGAAGAGGGAAGGAGGCCAGUACAAACUGAUUCCUCACAAUCCAAAUGCCGGCCUCAGUGACCUCAUGACCAACCCCAUUCCUGUCCCUGAGGUGCCAGAGAAGUUUCAGGAACAGAAGGCAAAAGAAGAAAAGGAAGAGAGAGAAGAAAGCAAGUCUGAACCUGAGAAAGCAGAGGGGGAGGAUGGAGAAAAAGAAGAAAAGGCCAAAGAUGACAAAGGCAAACAGAAGUUGAGGCAGCUUCACACACAUCGCUAUGGGGAGCCGGAGGUGCCUGAGUCAGCAUUCUGGAAGAAAAUCAUAGCCUACCAACAGAAGCUGCUGAACUAUUUUGCUCGCAACUUUUACAACAUGAGAAUGCUGGCCUUGUUUGUCGCCUUCGCCAUCAAUUUCAUCCUGCUCUUCUACAAGGUCUCCACUUCUUCUGUGGUUGAAGGAAAGGAGCUGCCCAGCCGAACUUCCAGUGACACGGCUAAAGUGACCACCAGCCUGGACAGCAACCCACACAGAAUCAUCGCGGUCCACUACGUCCUGGAGGAGAGCAGCGGCUACAUGGAACCCACCCUGCGCAUCUUAGCCAUCCUCCACACUGUCAUCUCUUUCUUUUGCAUCAUUGGAUACUACUGCUUAAAAGUGCCAUUGGUUAUUUUCAAGCGAGAGAAGGAGGUGGCACGAAAGCUGGAGUUUGAUGGGCUUUACAUCACUGAGCAGCCAUCGGAGGAUGAUAUUAAAGGCCAGUGGGACAGACUCGUCAUCAACACACAGUCAUUUCCCAACAACUACUGGGAUAAAUUUGUUAAAAGAAAGGUAAUGGAUAAAUAUGGAGAGUUUUAUGGGCGAGACAGAAUCAGUGAGCUGCUGGGCAUGGAUAAAGCUGCACUGGAUUUCAGCGAUGCAAGAGAAAAGAAGAAGCCCAAGAAAGACAGCUCCUUGUCUGCCGUAUUGAAUUCUAUUGAUGUGAAGUACCAGAUGUGGAAACUCGGAGUCGUGUUCACAGACAACUCCUUCCUGUAUCUCGCCUGGUAUAUGACCAUGUCUGUUCUUGGACAUUAUAACAACUUUUUUUUUGCUGCCCACCUCCUUGACAUUGCAAUGGGAUUCAAGACCUUGAGAACCAUCCUGUCCUCAGUUACUCACAAUGGCAAACAGCUCGUGUUAACUGUGGGCUUAUUAGCAGUCGUUGUAUACCUGUACACUGUUGUGGCAUUCAAUUUCUUCCGAAAAUUCUACAAUAAAAGUGAAGAUGGUGAUACACCAGACAUGAAGUGUGAUGACAUGUUGACGUGUUACAUGUUCCACAUGUAUGUGGGCGUCCGAGCUGGAGGGGGCAUUGGCGAUGAAAUUGAAGACCCGGCGGGGGAUGAGUAUGAGAUCUACCGCAUCGUCUUUGACAUCACAUUCUUCUUCUUCGUGAUUGUCAUCCUUUUGGCUAUCAUACAAGGUUUGAUCAUUGAUGCUUUUGGAGAGCUCAGAGACCAGCAGGAGCAAGUGAAGGAAGACAUGGAGACCAAGUGCUUCAUCUGUGGGAUAGGCAAUGAUUACUUUGAUACAGUGCCACAUGGCUUUGAGACCCAUACGCUACAGGAGCACAACCUGGCCAACUAUUUGUUUUUUCUGAUGUAUCUCAUAAACAAAGAUGAAACGGAACACACAGGACAGGAAUCUUACGUCUGGAAGAUGUACCAAGAGAGGUGUUGGGAAUUUUUCCCAGCAGGGGACUGUUUCCGGAAACAGUAUGAAGACCAGUUAAAUUAACGUCAUACCUUGUCUCUGAAAACCAAAAGCAAUCUCUCUCUCUCUCUCUCUCUCUCUCUCUCUCUCUCUCUCUCUCUCUCUCUCUCUCUCUUUCUGCCCUCUCU